CUCGGACAGCUGGACAGCCGCGGAGUCCUUCAGAGGGUUGCUUUGUGCACCCGCCUUGCUAAAAGGCUGCCCCAGAAAGGGCGUGGAAAAGAAGCUGAGCAGUGGGGAGGAGGGUCACGGGUUAAAGCGGCCAGGGGAGGGAGGAUGCCAGGCUCACGUUGGACUCUGGGCGGAGCGGAGCCUCAGAGGCUGCUCGGGUAAUGCGCUGACAUGCAACACGCCCCAGCUGCUGAGCAGAUUUGACGCCUCCUCGCCCAGUCGCUCCGUUGUUCCCCACUGGGCGCCCCCUCCUCGCGCCGGGAGCCACAGAGAUGGCAAAUCCUGAGAUAGGUAUAAGUAGCUCCACCUCUCAUGAAGAGGAAAAUCGCUGCACCUUUAACCAGCAAACAUCUCCAUCUGAGAAGCUUCUGUUAGAAGACCAGAUGAGGCGAAAACUCAAAUUCUUUUUCAUGAAUCCUUGUGAGAAGUUCUGGGCUCGAGGUAGAAAGCCAUGGAAACUUGCCAUACAAAUUCUAAAAAUUGCAAUGGUGACUAUCCAGCUGGUCCUUUUUGGACUAAGUAACCAGAUGGUGGUAACUUUUAAAGAAGAGAACACUAUAGCAUUUAAACACCUCUUCCUAAAAGGCUAUAUGGACCGAAUGGAUGACACGUAUGCAGUGUACACACAAAAUGAUGUGUAUGAUCAGAUCACCUUUGCAAUGAAUCGGUACUUGGAGCUUCGCAACAUUUCAGUUGGGAAUCACGCUUAUGAGAACAAGGGGACCAAGCAGUCUGCUAUGGCAAUCUGUCAGCAUUUCUACAAGCAAGGAAGCAUCUGUCCUGGAAAUGACACUUUUGACAUUGAUCCCGAAAUUGAAACAGAAUGUUUCUUUGUAGAACCGGGUGAGGCUUUUCAUAUUGGAACAUCAGAAGAAAAUAAACUCAACUUCACGCUGGACUUCCACAGACUGGUGACAGUGGAGCUUCAGUUUAAACUGAAAGCCAUUAACCUGCAGACAGUUCGUCAUCAGGAGCUCCCUGACUGCUAUGAUUUUACUCUGACUAUAACAUUUGACAACAAAGCUCAUAGUGGAAGAAUUAAGAUAAGUUUAGAUAAUGACAUUUCCAUCCAGGAAUGUAAAGACUGGCAUGUGUCUGGAUCAAUUCAGAAGAACACUCAUUACAUGAUGAUCUUUGACGCCGCUGUCAUUCUGACUUGCUUGUCUUCGUUACUCCUCUGCUUCAGGUCUGUGGUUAGAGGACUUCAGCUUCAACAGGAAUUUGUCAGUUUUUUCCUCUUCCAUUAUAAGAAGGAAGUUUCUGUUUCUGAUCAAAUGGAAUUUGUCAAUGGAUGGUACAUUAUGAUUAUCAUUAGUGACAUGCUGACAAUCAUUGGAUCAAUUCUGAAAAUGGAAAUCCAAGCUAAGAGUCUAACAAGUUAUGAUGUCUGUAGCAUAUUUCUUGGGACUUCUACCUUGCUCGUGUGGCUUGGAGUCAUCCGGUACCUCGGUUUCUUCCAGAAGUACAAUCUCCUUAUUCUGACCCUUCAGGCAGCGUUGCCCAAUGUCAUCAGGUUUUGCUGCUGUGCAGCUAUGAUUUAUUUAGGCUAUUGCUUCUGUGGAUGGAUUGUGCUGGGCCCUUACCACGACAAGUUCCGUUCUCUGAACAGGGUUUCUGAGUGCCUUUUCUCCCUGAUAAAUGGAGAUGAUAUGUUUGCCACAUUUGCAAAAAUGCAGGAAAAAAGUUACUUGGUCUGGAUGUUUAGUAGAAUUUACCUCUACUCGUUCAUCAGCCUCUUUAUAUACAUGAUUUUAAGCCUUUUUAUUGCGCUGAUCACAGAUACAUAUGAAACGAUUAAGCACUACCAGCAGCAUGGAUUCCCAGAGACUGAACUUCAUACCUUUAUAUCAGAAUGCAAGGACUUACCCAAUUCUGGAAAAUACAGAUUAGAAGAGGAAUCUUCAGUAUCUUUAUUCUGCUGUUGUAAAAAGUAGCUAUUGGGUUUAUCCGUGUUCUAGAGGAAAAUAUAAUAUGUAGCCGAAUUAAGAGACAUUUUAUGUAAGGAAGAGAACUCAAAGAUUUAGACAAUAAAGUUAUUGUGAGAAAUCAUAAAAAAAGAGACUAUUUGAAUAUUUUGAGAUCAGGUGCAGUAUGUUCAAAUACUAUUAUUUUAAGCUAAUUAUAGCUAUAGCUCACCAAGAACUUUUUGUAUUUUAAAAAUAAUACUUAAUGUCCUUGCUGCUUUAUACUGGGUUUAUUUUUAAAGAGUAAUUUUGAUGAGGGAAGCUAUUGGAUUAUUGUUCUUUCUUAUUUAUUUUGUCAUAAUGUUUGAAUGUGUUCUCUGUGCCCCUCUUUACUCUGCCUGUAUGAAUUGUGUCCUCAAUGAAAAGCAAUCCCUGGUUUGACAGUGACCUUGGACAACUCAGUGUCCAUCCCUGAGGGAGUGAGGAUGGUUGCUGUAUAUCCACUGAUCACUGUAUUUAAAAAUCUUCUUUUAAGGACUGAACAAGAAUGAAACAACCAUCACCAGCUAACAGUGUGAUAUAUUUGUUUCUGAAAGACAAUUAUCAAUUCUACUUUUAGUUCUGGAGAAUAGGUAUUUUAAUAUUCAUUUACAAGUUUUUUUUUUCUUUUCUGUCAGUGUUAAAGUACAAAGUCGAAAGAGUUUCUAUACAUAAAAUGAAAAUGAAACCAAAUACCAAUUGUAUAUUAAAUAAAGAUUAUGUUAUUGGUACUUAAGUGGCCUUAUGAAAACUUUUAUGUACUGUGCCUUUCCUAGGCACAUUCAGUCUCAUGGUAAGGCAAUUUGGGGCCAGGAGUUGUGAUUUUAUGGAAUAAUUUUCUAUAAGUCAUGCAGAAAAUAUGUUGGACAAUAAUUAUGCUCAAAAUUUAAAAAACAAGUGAGAAAUGUGUGCCUUAAAAAUAUAAAAAACUAUUCUCUAUUCCUUGUAGACCAUCGAUUGGUACUUUCGGAUUUUCACAACAUGAAUAUUUGUUUUAUGUAUUAUUGUUCAAAUAGAAAUGAGUUCAAUAAUGUAUAAUAAAGGUUUUCUCAACGCAAA